CCCGACGUCCUACCCCAUAAGAAGCCACCCCAGUUCAUGGUGGAUCUCUUCAACAAGGUGGCCGACGCCAACGGCAUCACCCGCGCCCCGGGGCUGCUGGAGGGGGACGUGGUGCGCAGCUUCGAGGACCGAGUGCACGUGGACCAGCACCUCUUCUACUUCGACAUCAGCGCGAUGGAGAGGGGAGAGCAGAUGCUGAAAGCGGAGUUCAGGGUCUUCAAGCUGAAGAGGACACACAUGUCUGGAAGGUCCGACGUGAAACACUUUUGCAGAGUGGAAGUGUAUGAGCUCUUAGAGAGUGGAGGUAAUCCACAAAAAAAACAUCUAAUUGCAUCAAGAUUAUUGUCCCUGUACACAGAAGGCUGGGAAGUAUUCAAUGUCACGCAGACAGUUUCCAAGUGGGUUGGAAAUAGCAGCUCCAACCAUGGAUUUUUGAUAACUACAACACAUGUAUUCAACGAUAGAAUUGAGCACAACUUGGUUAAGUUUGCCAAGAGCCUGGGCACUUCGCAGGAGAGUAGAAAUGCUCUCCUUGUCCUCUUCACUAACAGUAACAAACGGAGGUCCUCCAGCUUUGUAGCCUCUUCCACAAGUUUGAAGCUCAGCUUAGUCACUGAUCACUUUGCUUGGAUAGCUCUUGCCAGUGGGUCACCCAACAUCUUUGUCACCUCUGUCCUCAAAGAACCUGUCUUUGCAGGAAAUACUAAUGUAUAA